GCAUCUCCAGAUCUCCCAAGACUCCUACCAACCACCUUAAAUCCAUUCAGCUCAGCAAUCUUACCCCUAACAGACUCUGCCAUAUUUGAAAUGCUGCGCCAAAUAAAACCCCGCAAUGCCCGCUCCAAGCGGGCCCUCGAGAAGCGGGAGCCGAAGGCGGUUGAGAACCCGAAGAUUGCUCUCUUCCUGCGCGGCACGACCUGCAGCCAGAUAGUACAAGACGCCAUGGGGGAGCUGUACUCGCUGCGAGCCAGCCAUGCCAAGAAGUUUACGAAGAAGAACGCGGUGCGGCCCUUCGAGGACGCCACGAGCCUCGAGUUCUUCUCCGAGAAGAACGACGCCAGCCUACUCGUCUUCGGCAGCUCGAGCAAGAAGCGGCCCCACAGCCUGACCCUCAUCCGCACCUUCGACCACAACGUCCUGGACAUGCUCGAGUUCUCCCUCGACCCGGACUCGUUCCGCCGCAUGGCCCAGUUCCAGACCCGCAAGUUCACCUUCGGCCUGCGGCCCAUGCUCGUCUUCGCCGGCACCGCCUUCGAGAGCCCCGUCCAGAACGAGUGGACGCUCGCUCGCAGCCUGCUGCUCGACUUCUUCCGCUUCGACGGCGGCGCCACGGCCUCCAAGCUCGACGUCGAGGCCCUGCAGUACGUCAUCCUCGUCAGCGCCGACGAGCCCUCCUCGUCCGCGGCGGCAGCAUCAUCAUCCGACGACGACCCGUCUACGAAGCCCGUCCUCCGUCUGCGCUCGUACCUGAUCCGGACGCAGCGCAGCGGCCAGAAGCUGCCCAGGGUGGAGGUCGAGGAGAUGGGUCCCCGGAUGGACUUCCGGCUGGGGCGGAUGCGGGAGGCGGACGAUGCCAUGAUGAAGGAGGCCAUGAGGCGGGCCCGGACGACCGACGAGCGCCCCAAGAAGAACAUCACCACCAGCGCCCUGGGCGACAAGAUGGGCCGCAUCCACCUGGGAAAGCAGGACCUCAAGGAGCUGCAGACCAGGAAGAUGAAGGGCCUCAAGCGCGGGCGAGUCCCCGAUGAGUCCGCCGACGCAGACGUCGAUGAGGCGGUGGUCGCCGGUGAUGAGCCCAAGAGGAAAAGGAAGCUGUAGAGAUUUGCUGUCUCUCUCUCUCGCUCUCUUUCUUCUUGUUUCCAUCUUGGUUUUGGCGCAAAGGCAGGCUUCAUUUGCAUCGAGGCUGAGGAGUAAUGGGGCGUCAAGGGGUAUCAAAAGCUCAUCUGUCAGCAUGUUAUAGGCCAACGCCCCGUACCUUAGCUAUAUAACCUUUGAGAAUAUUCCCGUGUGCGAGCUCAACGUCUGUGUGCGGGCUAUGCUACUCUCGUGGAAGCGUACCUUGGUGUGUCAUCUUUUCAAGG